AUGGCCAACGCUCGCAAUCGCAGCUUGGAAGUGACCAUCAUCUCCGGCGAAGACCUCCGCAUCAACGGCCGUCCCAUCAAGAACAACGCCUUUGUCACCGUCAAGGCCGAGUCUCGCUGCUCGCCAUCGUCGCAUGAGUCAACCAAACCUGACGCGCGGGGCGAUAGCUACCCUUACUGGGACGAGAAGCUCCACGUGGAAUUGCCCGCGGGCUCGCCCUACGUCGUCGUUGAGGCCCACCGGAGAAGCUCCUCGGCCGGAGACAAGCUCGUCGGUAUGGCGUGGAUUCCGGUGUCGGACUUCGUCGGAGACUACACGCCGGAGAAUCACCUGCAUUUCUUGAGUUACCGGCUGAGAGACGCCAAAGGCCUGCGCAACGGGAUCAUCAAUAUCUCAGUGAGGGUCGUCACCUCGUCGCACAAAGGGGCUUCGUCCUGUUCGUCGCCUUUGCCACCGCCGGUGCUGGAGUCCAGGAUGCCGGUGGAUCGGGAGAAGCACGGCGGGACGGUGACCGGCGUGCCUGUUUGGUUUCCCAAUCAAUGGAAAUCUUGA